AUGACGGUGUCUUACACUCUCAAAGUGGCAGAGGCCCGCUUCGGGGCCUUCUCCGGCCUGCUCCUCCGCUGGAAGGGCAGCAUCUACAAGCUCCUAUACAAGGAGUUCCUGCUCUUCUGUGCCUUGUACGCUGUGCUCAGCAUCACCUACAGGCUGUUGCUCACCCAGGAGCAGAAGCAUAUUUAUGCCCAGGUGGCCCGGUACUGCAACCACUCGGCAGACCUCAUCCCCUUGUCAUUUGUGCUGGGUUUCUACGUGACUUUGGUGGUGAACCGCUGGUGGUCUCAGUACACAAGCAUCCCGCUGCCGGACCAGUUAAUGUGUGUCAUCUCAGCCGGCGUGCACGGCGUGGACCAGAGCGGCCGUCUGCUCCGCCGAACCCUCAUCCGCUAUGCAAACCUGGCAUCGGUUUUGGUGCUACGUUCUGUGAGCACUCGUGUGCUCAAGCGCUUCCCCACCAUGGAGCACGUGGUGGUCGCAGGUUUCAUGUCUCAGGAAGAGAGGAAAAAGUUCGAGAGCCUGAAAUCUGACUUUAACAAAUAUUGGGUCCCUUGCGUCUGGUUCACUAACCUAGCCUCCCAGGCCCGCAGGGAUGGACGCAUUCGUGAUGACAUCACUCUCUGUCUCAUACUGGAAGAGCUGAACAAGUACCGUGCCAAGUGCAGCAUGCUGUUCCACUAUGACUGGAUCAGCAUUCCCCUUGUCUACACCCAGGUGGUCACCAUAGCCGUAUAUUCCUUCUUCGCCCUUUCCCUGGUUGGCCGCCAGUUUGUGGAGCCACAGACAGGGGCGGCCACGCUCCAGAGGCCUCUGGCGCCAGGCAAUGAGACCUCUCCUGCUCUAGGGGACCUGGACAUGGUCGUGCCUCUCACCACGCUGCUGCAGUUUUUCUUUUACGCUGGUUGGCUCAAGGUGGCCCAACAGCUCAUUAACCCCUUUGGAGAGGAUGACGACGACUUUGAGACCAAUCAGCUCAUAGACCGGAACUUGCAGGUGUCCCUGCUCUCUGUGGAUGAUAUGUACCAGAACCUGCCUCCCGCUGAGAAGGAUCAGUACUGGGAUGAGGCCCAACCUCAGCCACCCUAUACGGUGGCCACAGCAGCAGAGUCUCUGCGUCCUUCCUUCCUGGGUUCCACUUUCAACCUGCGCAUGAGCGAUGACCCUGAGCAGCGUCUGCAGAUGGACGCGGCCCUGCCCACGCCUGCCACACAGACCCCGCUGCUGGGCCGCUUCCUGGGCGCAGGAGCGCCCUCGCCUGCCGUAAGCCUGCGCAACUUCGGCCGAGCGCGCGCUCCCAGGACCCCGCACCUGCUGCGCUUCCGGCCCGAGUCCUCCGGCGAGGAGGCUGCAGGCCGCAUCGAGGAGGCUGCGGAAUCUGGAGAUGAGGCUCUGGAACCCUGA